CAACCUUUUCCUUGUUCCUGAACCUUGUUGUUACCGUGCUGAUAAGGGUAGUCUUGCAGUACGUAUGCCUAUAUCCCGUGCAAGCAGUUGUAACGCACUGAGCGUUUCAAGAACACUCGUUCAUCUCCAAAGUCGCGAUUACUAUAAUCGCGUCUUUGCCAUGGAAGACGUCCUCCUUGGAGGGCUCACGCCCCGGGGUCGAGACGUAGCUGAAGAGGAACACCUCAAGGAAUUGGAGCUGCAUUUUCAGCGAACGCCUUUCGGGAGCCCCGUUGUUGGCUCCACAGGAGGCUCCUCUGUGCGGUCAGUCGACAGUGAAACUGUGACCGGGCAGUGCGAGAACGAACUUCCAACAGCGGAAGAGCAAAAGGUGGAGAAGAAGAGUGUAGAAGAACCACAGCGCUCUACGGCAACGGUCUUGCUGACGUCACCCUGUCUGCGGCCACCUCCACCUGUGCAACGAUGUGGAGGGGAAAGCCCAUCGUCUUACGCGUCUCUGUUCAACCUUGCUUCACCUGCGAGUACCUGCCCUUCGCCCGCGAGUACCAGGAGCACCUCGAAUCCGGGGAUAGUCCCGCAGUUACAAAACAUCGUUGCGACCGCCAACCUAUGCUGCCGGUUGGACUUGAAGAAGAUUGCUCUGCAAGCCAGGAAUGCCGAGUACAACCCAAGACGCUUUGCGGCUGCUAUCAUGCGUAUCCGCGAGCCCAGAACCACUGCACUGUUUUUCGGAUCUGGGAAGAUAGUGUGUACAGGAGCAAAGAGUGAAGCAAACUCCCGAAUCGCUGCUAGAAAAUUUGCGAGAAUUGCGCAAAAACUCGGCUUCGACGCAAGCUUUUCAGACUUCAAAGUCCAGAAUAUAGUCGCGAGCUGUGAUGUCGGAUUUGGCAUACGAUUGGAAAGCUUGGCAUUGAACCAUGCUCAGUUUUGCAGAUAUGAACCUGAACUGUUCCCCGGGCUCGUUUACAGCAUGGUUCAACCACGAACUAUAUUGUUGAUCUUCGUAUCUGGUAAAGUGGUGCUUACAGGUGCAAAGAUCCGACAAGAUCUGUACAGAGCAUUCGACAAUAUUUAUCCCAUUCUAGUGAACUAUCGGAAGCACUAAUGAUUUCUAUUUUGGUUCCAAAUUUUGCCUGUUGUACUUCAAGUGUUGAUUUUUUCUUUUUUUGCCGAUGGGCGCAAAAAAUAAAAGUAAUUUAUAUAAGGCUGU